GAAAGAAUAUGUUAAAUUAAAUCAAAUUUUGAAAACUUUUCUUUGCUCAGAACCAGCUCCUCCAAAAUCACUGUUUGCAGUGAACAAAACCCAAACGUCGGUGACUUUGCUGUGGGUGGAGGAGGGAGUCGCCGAUUUCUUCGAGGUUUUCUGUCAACAAGUCGGCUCUACUCAGGAAACAAACCUGCAGGAACCAAUUUCUGUUUCUUCUCAUGUCGUGACCAUCUCCAGCCUCCUUCCUGCCACUGCCUACAACUGUAGUGUCACCAGCUUUAGCCACAACAGCCCCAGUGUUCCUACGUUCAUAGCCGUCUCAACAAUGGUUACAGAGAUGAAUCCCAAUGUGGUGGUCAUCUCAGUGCUGGCCAUCCUUAGCACACUGCUGAUCGGACUGCUACUCGUCACCCUUAUCAUUCUUAGGAAAAAGCAUCUGCAGAUGGCUAGGGAGUGUGGGGCGGGAACUUUUGUCAAUUUUGCGUCUUUGGAGAGGGAUGGAAAGCUUCCAUACAACUGGCGUAGGAGCAUAUUUGCUUUCUUAACUCUGCUACCCUCAUGUCUUUGGACUGAUUAUCUUUUGGCAUUUUAUAUUAAUCCUUGGAGUAAAAAUGGUUUAAAGAAGAGGAAACUGACUAACCCGGUUCAACUGGAUGACUUUGAUGCCUACAUCAAGGACAUGGCCAAAGACUCUGACUAUAAAUUUUCUCUUCAAUUUGAGGAGUUGAAAUUGAUUGGACUGGAUAUUUCACACUUUGCUGCAGACCUUCCACUGAACCGAUGUAAAAAUCGUUACACAAACAUCCUACCAUAUGACUUUAGCCGAGUGAGAUUAGUCUCCAUGAAUGAAGAGGAAGGCGCAGACUACAUCAAUGCCAACUAUAUCCCCGGAUACAAUUCACCCCAGGAAUAUAUUGCCACACAGGGGCCACUGCCUGAAACCAGAAAUGACUUUUGGAAGAUGGUCCUACAACAGAAGUCUCAGAUUAUUGUCAUGCUCACUCAGUGUAACGAGAAAAGGAGGGUGAAAUGUGACCAUUACUGGCCGUUCACAGAAGAACCCAUAGCUUACGGAGACAUCACUGUGGAGAUGGUCUCGGAGGAAGAGCAAGAUGACUGGGCCUGUAGACACUUCCGGAUCAACUAUGUUGAUGAGAUGCAGGAUGUGAUGCAUUUUAACUACACGGCAUGGCCUGAUCACGGUGUGCCCACAGCAAAUGCUGCCGAAAGCAUCCUGCAGUUUGUACACGUGGUCCGACAGCAAGCUACCAAGAGCAAAGGCCCCGUGGUCGUGCACUGCAGCGCUGGAGUCGGACGGACAGGAACCUUCAUUGCCCUGGACAGGCUCUUGCAGCACAUUCGGGAUCAUGAAUUUGUCGACAUCUUAGGGCUGGUGUCAGAAAUGAGGUCAUACCGGAUGUCUAUGGUACAGACAGAGGAGCAGUACAUUUUCAUCCAUCAGUGUGUGCAACUGAUGUGGACGAAGAAGAAGCAGCAGUUCUGCAUCAGCGACGUCAUCUAUGAGAAUGUUAGCAAGUCCUAGCUCAGAGUCUGGAGCCGACAGGACAUGAUGUGUAUCCAUCCUCCCUUGCUUCUGGAGUUCUUUGGGGGCCUUGCUAGCCAUUUUGCUAAAAGGAGCCCCUGCUUUGUAGUAUGUGGCCAAGGAGAUAAUUUAUCUCACCGAAGCACCGGGAAGACUUAGCCUUAAAGAGCCUACAGUGUCUUUUGGACUCUUUCACUUCUGGACAUUUAAUAACGGACCCAAUUCAACCAAACACCGGAAGGUCCAGACGCUCUGCAAACGGCAGGAAGCACAGCACUUCUGAAGAGUUUCAUGGGCCCUUUGCUGGUUGGGCUGAGUUUUUUGUUAUUUUGUUUUUAAGUGCAAUACUUUUUUUAUGUGUGUGAUUUUAUCAGAAAGUUGAAUUGUUUUCUGCCCACACAAUUGAGCAAGCCCAGGAAGGAACAGGCAUUGUUGGUAUCAAAGUAUACCUCAUUGUUAAAGAAAGGCAUGGCCACACAUGAAGAAAUGGUAAUUUUACUUCCAGGAAAUUCAGUCAGUGACAUCUGUACUCCAACAUUAAGCUACUAGAU